AUGACGCCUAAACACCAUAACAAAAAGUACCACGCUCUACACAAAGUGGGCGUUCUUCAUGGCGAUGUUGAAAUGAGACAUUGGUAUCGGACGCCUUCGGGCGACAUAAACCUGAUAGACUUUGAUCGUGCUAUGAUCAUAGGAGAGGAUCCUGAUCUGUCACUGGAAGAGUUCGAGGAAGAAGCGGAGAGUGAAAUGGAGUCGGUGCUUGAAGUAUUCAGAGACAACAAGAGGGAGGCGGAAGAGAGAGUGGGAAGCGGACUCCAGAGUCAUCGACAGACGACCGAGGCGGUCAUCAUCGGCUACCACGAGGAACGGGCAAGGGACGGAAUUCCUUCUGCGGCGUUGCAGGUAUGUACUUCUCCCAUGAUAUCUCGCUCUCUCUCGUGA